ACAGUUCAACUCGACAAGAAAAAGAAGAAAAAAAGAGUAAAACUCGACAACCUCGUACAACAAAAGUCAAAACUGUCAAAACUGCUCGACUUUCUUCUUCUUCUUCUUCUGGGUUUUGCCAUAUACCAUGUGAAAGUAUUGUUUGAAUUUAAGAAAAAAUGGAAGGACACAACAAUAAUAAACCCCUUGAUGUCUUUAACAAUUUCAAGGGCCGACGUGCUGCUCUCAUUAAGGCUCUCACCACUGAUGUGGAAGAAUUCUUUAAGCAGUGUGAUCCUGAGAAGGAGAACUUGUGCUUGUAUGGUAUCCCAAAUGAGCGAUGGGAGGUCAGUUUGCCUGCUGAAGACUUACCACCAGAGCUUCCCGAGCCUGUUCUUGGUAUUAACUUUGCUAGAGAUGGGUUGCCAGAAAAGGAAUGGCUUUCUUUCGUUGCCUAUCACAGUGAUGCUUGGUUGCUCGCUGUUGCCUUCUAUACGGGUGCUAGAUGUGGAUUUGGUAAAGCUGACAGGAAGAGGCUCUUCGACAUGAUAAAUGAUCUGCCCACAAUACAUGAAAUAGUGACUGGUGCUGAAAAGAAGCAACAAAAAGAAAAAUCUAGAGUCUCUAAUCAAAGUAAAAACAAAUCCAAGACAAACGCCAAAAAGAGGGCAGUGGAGUAUCGGGGGAAGGUUACCAAGAGGCAGCAAAAAUACGAAGAAGAAGAUGAUGAUGAUGAUGAUGAUGAUGAUGAAGAAGAAGAAGAAGAAGAAGAAGAAGAAGAAGAAGAAGAAGAUGAGGAUGGAUUGGAUACGGAGAAGGAUGAAGAAGAGGAGCAAGGUGAGACACUGUGCGGUGCAUGUGCGGAGAAGUAUACAGAGGAUGAAUUUUGGAUAUGUUGCGACAAAUGUGAAACAUGGUUCCACGGCCAGUGUGUGAAGAUUACCCAGGCCAAGGCCAAGUUCAUUAAGCAAUAUAAGUGCCCACCUUGCAGCAGCAGAAGAUCCCGGACCUAGUGUAGAGAAUAUUGUGAAUGUAGAGUUCUCCUGCUGUUAGAUGCAGCCUCUGUUUUCGUUAGUUAGGCUAUUCAUUGAUGUUUGGCGGAAUUGGUUGAACUUCAGUCAUAUGAAAUUUUAGACUAUUUUAUCUGAAUUAGGCUUGAAACGCAUGUCUAAAGUUGUUUUGAAGUGGAUAGACGUGUAAAAAUUUAUAAACUUUUCUUCCUCUU